AUGGAUAUCAUCGUUCUAUCAGAGACCAAAAAAAAGGGAAUCGGAAGUGAGGGUCUAAGAGAGUAUAUACACUUCUUCUCUGGUGUAGGGAAAGAUCAAAGAGCCAAAGCCGGUGUAUCCAUCUUGAUUCAAAACAAAUAUAAAAACAAAAUAAGAUCUUGGGAGCCACUGAGUGAAAGAUUUAUUAAAGUGACGAUUCAACUUCGGGGAAGAAGUAUAACAAUUUUAGGCGUAUACGCUUUAAACGAUGACGCUACAGUCCAGGCCAAAGACAAUUUUGAGGAAGCUCUAAGAGAAAUUAUAGAGGACAUUCCAAAUAGCCAUGAAAUAAUUGUUGCAGGAGAUCUCAAUGCGAGAGUCGGUAGACAGCGCAACAGCAAAGUGGUAGGUAUACACGGAGAGGAGGUACUGAAUAACAAUGGAGAGAGAUUAAUAAAUAUCUGUGAAGAAUAUGAAUUGAAAAUUAUGAAUACCUUCUUUGCCCACAAGAAUAUACACAAAUAUACCUGGUACCAACACACCAGAGGUUUAAAAUCUAUAAUAGAUUACCUAAUAAUCAAGCAAAGAUCUGGCUUGGUAGUGAAAGAUAUAAGAGUAAAUAGGUGCUGA